AGCUGAAUUUAUAUAUUUUGUAUAGCUUGUAAUAGAAACGUGUUGAAUUUCUAGAUUUUCUUUUAAAUUAUCAAUAAAUUUAGUAAAUUGUGCUUAGUUAAAUUAAACAAAAUAAAAUAUGAAGCGUUUAAGUGAUGAAAGAGCUAAGAUUUUAUUCGAAAAACUCUCAAAAUACAUUGGCACUAAUGUCAAACAAUUGAUUGACCGUCCCGAUGGCACCUACUGUUUCCGUGAGCAUUUGGAUCGUGUUUAUUACGUUUCCGAACGUAUUCUCAAGUUAUCCGAGUGCUUCGGCCAGAAAAAACUUAUCUGCGUUGGCACUUGUUUUGGCAAAUUCUCCAAAACCGAUAAAUUGAAAUUCCACAUUACCGCCUUAUACUAUUUGGCUCCCUACGCUCAAUACAAGGUGUGGGUAAAACAAUCUUUUGAACAACAGUAUCUGUAUGGCAAUCAUAUACCUAAAUCUGGCUUGGGACGUAUUACCGAAAAUGCUGGCCAAUAUCAAGGAGUCAUUGUUUACAAUAUGAAUGAUUUACCUUUGGGCUUUGGUGUUUUGGCUAGAUCGACAACUGAAUGCAAAGCUGCUGAUCCUUUGACCACAGUGUGUUUCCAUCAAUCGGACAUUGGCGAAUAUAUAAGAUCGGAGGAUACUUUGUUUUAGAGACGAUCUUUUCUUAAUUGCUAGUUUUAUAGUUUUUAAAGUAAACAAUUACUAUGGAUGGCAACCAAACUUCAGUUGCGUUGUCAGAGGGCAAACACAAAUUUCUGGUUGCCAAUUUGGCAAUACCAUUUUGGAAACUGAUAACGCAACAUUAGUUCGGUCGCCAUCCAUAAUAGACCUAUAAAGUAAGUUUAAAUGUUUUUUAAAUACAAUUAUAAUGAAAAAAGUAAAAAACAA